AAAGAGAUGCAAGCUGCUCACAUUGGGGUGGUUCGGGACGCCAUGCUACCAGCUAACCCGCUGUUAAUCAAGCCAUCACUGGGAAAGACCAAGGCCAGAGGGUUGCUGUAUCAAGGACCAGACUUUGUGUAUGGAACAUCCACAAACAUCCAAGAUGGAGGAGUAUCAGAGGCCCUAUCACGCUGGCAUGUCCACUCUCUACCCAGUGGGAGUUCAAGGGCCCAUGUCCACAGGAUGGGUUUGGACAUUGUUGACCUAAACCGGGAGGGGGUGAAGUUGGGUCUGGUGUCGGCAAAGGAACAUUACCAUUACCAGGCCACCCAGUUCUGCAGGCGGUGUGUGCCAGCACCUGGCCCCCGGAGGCCCCCACCCACCCGCUUCCCCCUUGACACCACCUUUGGCAUCUCCACACGUCCAUCAACCCCCAUCGGUGUAUUGCUGGAGCACCAGCAUGUCCAGCACUGGCAGGCGGAGCAGCAUGUCAAGCAAAGAUCCCUUCAGGGACAGUACCUAAACCAGGCCAAGCUGUGCUGUAUUCAGGACACCAGGACUUCUCUGCUGAGGAAGAACCGGCCUCUUCCUGAAACCAUGCCCCUCUGGAAACUCCCCCACCUCCAAAAGGUGGGUCCAGCUCUGAGCACCUUUCGGGACACAGAUACCACACAGAAGGCCUUCAAUGCCCAGUUCUCAGGAGAGGGACGCUGGGUGGGAACUAACACAAUAGUGUAGACCGGCUUGCCCACAGCUAGGGUGGGGAGCGGGGUGUAAGUUCAGGCACGAGAUAUACUCACAUUCUCACAUGAGAAAAUCUACUUUCAAAAUAAAUUGGUAACAUGAUUAUGAAAUCUUACUGUGUUGGCAAUAUGCUUGUGAGUAAAAAAGCAGACUGUUUCUCUUCCUUGUCACCAGCAAUACAACUGUGACCGUUCAUUUUACCGUACCUUGUGAUAGCAAAUAAAUUAUUCCCGGUGACAAACAACCUUGUA